CAAGCUCACGUUGGGAUGAGAACAGCACUUUCACCUUCCCAUGUUCUGCACUUCACCGGCCCAGCCCACCACCGAUACUCGUCCAAUAUCAAGUCCACCACCCCACAGGCCACAAGCCCACACGUCCCGAUACCCCCCGAAGCUGGCGGCGGCUGGCUGUGGCACGCGAGCACCACGGCCGGCGGCCAUGCCCCAAAGCCCCUGAAGGCCGCCGCCGUCUCCGACGCGCCCUGCACCCACCACGCGAUGCUUCCGGCGCUGAGGCAUCGUCUCCGCCUCCCCCUCGCCCACCUCUGCCGCCGCCUCUCCUCGUCCUCGUCCUCUUCCGGCGAGGGAGCUGCCCCCGUCGCCCCCGCGGACGCCGCGGCGAAGGCGCGGGAGGCGCAUGCGGCGCGGAUGGAGGCGUACAAGAAAGUGCAGGAGUUCGACUGGUCCAGCGGCGCUGAUUGGAAGACGGCCGCCAACAUCCUCUUCACGGUGCCCCCCAAGCGCAAGGAGUUCGGGCUUGACUUCCACCUUGUACAGCUCUUCUUUGUUUGCAUGCCCUCACUAGCUGUCUAUUUGGUAGCCCAGUAUGCGCGAAGUGAGAUCAAAAGGAUGGAAGCGGAAGCAGAAGUAAAAAGGAAAAAAAUCGAGGAAGUAGAGAAACAGAAACAACUUGAAGCCGACUCUGUUAAGGAGGAUGCCGAUUCGAAGCUGGCAACGGUUUUAGUCAGGUUAGAUACAUUAGAGGGUGUCGUUAAGGAAAUUGCAGAGGAAAAAUUGAGAAGUCCUGCCCUUACGAAAGAGGAAUCUCUGAAGAAAGGUGAGACAUCAUCUCCUGAUAAGGCCUCUGCUUCAAAAAGCGAUGGAAGUGAUAGUCAGCUAGCAUCAGUCAAGAUUAAGGACACCAAGGAUGCUACUAAUGCUCCGCCAGAUGCGACACAGCAGGACACUAAACGGGACAGAGGCAAGGCAAAUGGUGAGUCAAAUAGUUGACACGCUGUUUUGGGGUGCUUGUAGUGAUCCUUUGAAAUGUGUUGUAGCCAUCAGUUCAAUUUAUAGUCCGUGGAUAAGGCAAAGGGCUAGAUCAGGUAUCACCUUUUCUUUUUGAUGGAGAACAGUUAGCAUCAUUUCUUUUUGAGGGAGAUCAGUUAGCACUUAGAAGUCAUGGCUACGUUGAUCCAUUUGCCGAAAAUUGUGGGAGCUUUGCUCCAGGUUGGUGUAUAUCCGCUCUGUCAACUAUAGAGUAAAAACAACUCAUAAAGUAACCUAAUCCUGAGGCUAAAGUUUUAUUUGAAUUACAUUUUUCAAA